UUAUUUGAUAUUUUAAUUUUCAAAAUAGAAAGUUUUAUCUGUUUAAUAUGUUUCAUGUUGUACAUUUCUAAUUUAGACUAGAUAACAAAACAGACAAUCAUUUAAUAUUUAGUUUUCGAUAAUGAUUCAUAGUCUAUUUAUCAUAAAUCCCUCUGGGGAUGUUUUCCUUGAGAAACAUUGGAGAAGUGUUAUACCAAGAUCUGUAUGUGAUUAUUAUUUGGAAGCACAGCGAGCUUCUCCUAAUGAUGUGCCCCCGGUUCUAGCUGCUCCUCAUCAUUACUUGAUUUCUAUACAGAAAGGUGGGGUAGCCCUGGUAGCAGUGUGCAAGCAAGAGGUAUCACCAUUGUUUGUUAUUGAAUUCUUGCAUCGGGUUGUUGAUACAUUCCAGGAUUACUUUUCAGACUGUACUGAGACUAUAAUUAAAGAAAACUAUGUUGUAGUUUAUGAGCUGCUAGAUGAAAUGUUGGACAAUGGUUUCCCAUUAGCGACAGAGAGCAACAUCUUAAAGGAAUUAAUAAAACCACCAAAUAUUCUAAGAACUAUUGCAAAUACAGUUACUGGAAAAUCUAAUGUUUCAUCAAUACUCCCAUCAGGACAACUUUCUAAUGUCCCAUGGCGUCGAUCUGGAGUUAAAUAUGCCAACAAUGAAGCAUACUUUGAUGUUAUAGAAGAAGUUGAUGCAAUAAUAGAUAAAAGUGGUGCAACAGUAUCUGCUGAAAUACAGGGUUAUAUUGACUGUUGUAUAAAAUUAAGUGGAAUGCCUGAUCUGACGCUAACAUUUGUGAAUCCACGAUUAUUUGAUGAUGUAUCAUUUCAUCCGUGUGUAAGAUUUAAACGUUGGGAGUCUGAAAGGAUAUUGUCAUUCAUACCCCCAGAUGGAAAUUUUCGUUUGAUGUCCUAUCAUAUUGGUUCGCAAAGUGUGGUGGCAAUCCCAAUAUAUGUGCGGCAUAGCCUUGCAUUGAGAAGUAAUGGAGAUCAAGGCAGGUUAGAUUUGACUGUGGGCCCCAAGCAAACUAUGGGACGCACUUUAGAAAAUGUAGCAUUAGAAAUAUGUAUGCCAAAAUGUGUUCUAAACUGUUCGUUGACUGCAAAUCAAGGAAAAUACUCAUAUGAUCCUGUAAGUAAAGUACUUCUUUGGGAUAUCGGGCGAAUAGAACUACCAAAGUUACCUAAUAUCAGAGGAACUAUUUCAGUGGCCUCGGGCGCUGACACAUCUGGGGCGAAUCCGAGUAUCAACGUGCACUUCACGAUUCCACAAUUGGCCGUGAGCGGUCUGCGGGUUAGUCGCCUGGACAUGUAUGGAGCUAAAUACAAGCCGUUCAAAGGUGUAAAGUAUGUAACCAAAGCGGGCAAGUUCCACGUGAGGAUGUGAUGGGAAACAGACGCGGACGGACCGUGGAUAUAUCCGGGGCUCCCCGGCGGAUAUAGUGAUUAUAAUUACGGAUUUAUUAAAUAACAUGUACCUAUUGUGUAUUGAGAAGGAAUGUCCGGUUCUAUUCAUUAUAAUAUACUCGAUUAUAAAAAAGUUAACAGAUUUAAUUAUAUGUAUAAUAAUAAAUAGGUAAUUGUUAAAUUUAGACAAAUUUUUGAUAGGCCAUUUUAUAUAUCAUUAUACUUGUAUGUACUUAAUCCUUAAUUAAGUUCUAUAAGUACAUAUAGUGAAAAAAUGCUUGGGCAUAUUUCCACAAAUAUAUAUCAAUGUAUGCCAGAAGAAGACUUGUUAAAGUGACUGCAAAUAUAUGUGUACUAGUGUUACUGUUGGUGGAAAUGCACUAGGAAUUUCUCGUCAGCGCUACUCUAAUCCUUAUUAGCGUCAAUAUAAAGUAUAUUUGAUUUUGACCUAUGGUUAUUUAAGUGUCAAAAUCUUAUGUAAAAUGUCAGCUUAUGAUGUAUUACGAA